AUGUCCAUUGUCGUCAUUCCCGGCGCCCCCCUGCCCGAGCUAUCAGACAGCGACCUGGACGGCCUCCUGGCUGCUCUGAAUGUCCGCAAUGUCUCGCCUACAGACAAAGCGGCGUACAAGCCCGUUCUGCAAUCGUUCAUGGCAGUGAUGAACAAAGUCGGUGCAGAACCGGACUACACCCCACCGGCAUUGGUGCCGGAGCCGUCAUCGGCAGACCACAGCUUCCGAAGGCCGACUCUUGCCGAGAACCCAAUGAAUGCGUGGAGUCAUGUAUUUAAUACGCCACUCACCGAUACAUCUCCAUCUUCUUCGACGUCUGGCCUGCUACAGGGCCGUGUCUUCGCAGUUAAGGACAUUAUCUCGGUUGCGGGCUUGCCAACGACCAUCGGCCUAUCGCCACAGCUCUUUGCAGGUGGACAGUACCAGCCCGCCGAUAUCAAUGCCACCGUAGUGUCGCGCAUCCUGGCCGCCGGAGCUGUGAUUCGAGGAACGUCCACGUGCGAGGGCUGGUGUGCAUCCCCGUUAUCGCAUACAUCCUUUUCUGGUCACGUCCACAACCCGUGGCUCCACGGACACACUUCGGGAGGUAGCAGCAGCGGGUCGGCCGCAUUGGUUGCCGCCCAUCAUAUGAAAAGGAUAUUUCCCGUCGAUACGGCUCUGCGAGAGCCAACGGGAGCUGUCCUCACGGCUGAAAUUGCCCUCGGAAGCGACCAGGCCGGGUCGGUGCGUAUUCCUUCCAGCUACUGUGGCAUAUAUGGUUUCAAGCCGACAUUUGGCCUUGUGCCGUACACAGGAGCUGCUGCCAUGUCGCCCAUGAUAGACCACCUCGGCCCCAUGGCAGCAUCUCUCGAGGACGUCGCUGCGGCGCUAGAGACUAUUGCAGGGUACGACGGUCUGGACCCUCGCAUGUCUCCCGAGUCACCGCUGCGGGUCAACGUGAUGCCGUACGCGGCCAUCUUGGCAGACUUCCGCAGCAGAAAUGUGGCCGAGCUGGGCACUUGGAAGAUCGGACUGCUCCGUGAAGGCUUCGAAAUGACGGGAGUGGCAGACGCCGUUCGUGAUACGGUGAUAACCGCCGCUCAAAAGUAUUUUGAGGCUGCGGGGGCACAGGUUAUUCACGUCUCUGUCCCUGCCCAUGCCAACGGUGCCGUUCUGUGGAAUGCUUCAACACGGCCGUCAAUGGCUACGUGGUUACUACAAGGCCGCGGAUCGGGCCACCUUACGUAUGUGCCACAGCACAUUCAGCCUGUGACUGGUCAGCUACCGUUGCCUGAAGGAGAAGCUGGGCUGCAAACAGCAUCGGUUCUGAACGAGCACACCCCUGCUGCGGUCAAUAUUCUCCUUAGCCAGCAAGUGACCAACUCGCUUCUGACACCCGGCCUCGAAGCAAAGGCGCACCGGCGAGUAUUGGGUCUUCGUGCUGAGUAUGAUGCCGCGCUGGAUGAGGUCGAUGUUCUCAUCACGCCCUGUGCACCCAGUGUUGCCCGUCCACUGCCCUCCGCUUCGGCAUCUGUGGCUGACAAGCUCGCAUAUGCAAUUGGCACAACCAACAAUACAGCGCCCUUUAAUGCCACCGGCCAUCCGGCUAUUAACGUGCCCUGUGGCUUCUUGCCGUCUCCUGAGCGACCAGAUGCCCUAUUGCCGGUGGGAAUGCAAGUUAUUGGGAAGCGCUUCGAAGACAAUAAGGUUAUCCUGGCUGCGGCUUUGUUCGAGCGCGGACGACACAUUGUCAGUUUGGGGGAUAUUCACCGGCAGUGA